AUGGCCUACACAGAUCCUCCAGCCUCCUCCGAAUCAAAGACUAUCAUUGUGAACACUGUUGGAUUGACCGUAAACUCUGCAAACUCGACUACCUAUUUCUAUCCGAACGAAUUGGAUGGUCCUGACGACUAUAACAAUGUGCAAGUGAUUUUGCUGGAUUCCGAGACGGUGGAAUCGAUGACAAAAGAAUCGAACAAGAUUCAAGUGAAGGUGACUCGUCGAAGUUUGAGUACUUCGAUGCAGCCAGUUUCGAUUGUGGUGACAGGAGGAUUUGACUGGAGCUCCGUAGUUGUGAAUGACGAUACGAGCAAGAAUGAAGCAGAUGUGCCGAAGGGUAUUCCGAUUGAUACGAAUGUGGUAAUUGGAAUUCUUAUCAUUAUCGUGACAGUGAUAUUAGUUGUUGCUUUCGUGUUUAUUUGUAUUAGGCAGCGAAAAGAGAAGAAGUAAGUUUAUUAAGGGAAGUU